AUGGAACAGUGCGGGUGUGUCGAGCGAGAGUUGGAGAAAGUCCUCCAUCGCUUCGUCAUUUACGGCCACCAGUCCGAGGAGAGGCUAAACGAUCUUCUUGCCAGCGUCUGUGAGAUGAGAGGACAAGUGCUGUAUUUCUCUUCUGUUGGAGUCCAAGAGGGAGAUAUUGCCGUCAUGUGUCAGACAAUGGCACAGUGUUGUAAAAAUAUCAAAGAGGAAGUGCAGAUGCUAGCCUCUCGACAUAAGGACAUUCACGGCAGCGUUUCCAAAGUGGGAAAAGCCAUCGACAGGAACUUUGAUGCAGAGAUCAGUGCUGUGGUUGCAGAAACUGUGUGGGACACUCCAGAGAGGCAAAAACACUUGAGUGAAACCAUAGUGGAGCACCUGUACAGACAAGGCAUGCUCAGUGUAGCAGAAGAUCUUUGUCAGGAGUCUGGUGUAGUUAUAGAUAUGAGCAUGAAGCAGCCUUUCCUGGAGCUCAACAGGAUCCUUGAAGCACUGAGAAUGCAGAACCUUAGGCCAGCACUUGAGUGGGCAGUGACAAAUCGCCAGCGUCUUUUGGACCUCAACAGCAGUUUAGAGUUUAAAUUACACCGCUUGUACUUCAUCAGCUUGCUCAGCGGAGGAAUCAGCAACCAGAUGGAGGCACUUCAGUACGCCAGGCACUUCCAGCCCUUUGCCUCACAGCACCAGAGAGAUAUUCAGAUCCUAAUGGGCAGCCUGGUGUACCUGCGUCACGGCAUUGAGAACUCCCCUUACCGUAGUUUGCUGGAAACAAAUCAGUGGGCGGAGAUUUGUAAUAUCUUCACCAGAGACGCGUGCGCUUUAUUGGGCCUCUCUGUGGAGUCUCCUCUUAGUGUUAGCUUUGCCUCGGGCUGCAUGGCUCUGCCCGUGCUAAUGAACAUCAAGCAGGUGAUCGAACAGAGGCAGUGCAAUGGUGUCUGGACUCACAAAGAUGAGCUACCUAUUGAAAUCGACUUAGGCAAGAAGUGCUGGUACCAUUCGGUGUUCGCCUGCCCCAUCCUUCGACAGCAAACUUCAGAGAGCAAUCCGCCCAUGAAGCUCAUCUGUGGCCACGUUAUUUCCAGAGACGCGCUCAACAAACUGACCAACGCUGGCAAGUUAAAAUGCCCGUAUUGCCCCAUGGAGCAGAAUCCCUCACACGCCAAGCAGAUCUACUUUUGA